AUGAACCCCAACAAUGCUCCCGGGCGGUCAUUUCGACCGCUUCUACCGCGGGCACAGCCCUCGGGGCCAUCAGACAGCGACACGCAGCUCCCACCUCGCAAGGCACACACCAGGGUUGCUUGCGAGGGAUGUCGGCGGAAGAGGAUCAAAUGCGACGGCCAACGCCCCAUCUGCACCUCCUGCACAACCCACGGCACACCCUGCACCUACCUCAGCGCCGACCCCUCGGAAUCCCGCUCCUCCGCGAUCAAGCGCAAGUACGGCGAAGCCCAAGACCGCGUAUCCGUCCACGAGCAACUCUACAACCUCCUCCGCACGCGCAGCCAGCCCGAAGUGACCGAAAUCGUACGGCGGAUCCGGGCCGGGAUCGACGUCGAGGCGAUUCUGCGGUAUGUGCGCGAUGGGGAUUUGCUGCUGCAGUUGCAUUUGAUGCCGGAGGCUAGGUUGCGGUAUACGUUUCCGGAGUUUGCGAGCUGGCCGACGGUGUUUCGGGAUCCGGAGGAUCCGUAUUUGAAGACGCAGUUGUUGGAUUUUAAGACGGGGCCUUGGGCGGAGGGGAGUCGUGGGUCGCAGCAGGCUGGUCACUCUGGUGCGAUGGGGAAUCCGCACUUGCAUGUGUAUCAGAUGCCGUAUCAUGCGGCGCAGAUGGUUGAUCCGAGGCUGUCGUCGGUCAAGGCGUCGAGGUGGACGUCGGUGACGGUGGAUGAUGGGUUGGUGGCGAAGCUGUUGUCGAUUUACUUUCAGUUUGAGUAUUCCCGGACGCGGCUGUUUCUGAAGGAUUUGUUUUUGGACGAUUUGGUCAAGGGGAAGACUAACUUUUGCUCGGCCUUGUUGGUCAACUGUAUUCUGGCCAAUGCUGCUCACGGCCUGACAACGGACCCCCAUCGGGUCGAAUUCUGGACCCCCCGAUCUCUCCCGUAUGCCUUCCUCGCCGAGGCUAAGAGGCUGUGGGAUAUCGAAGUGGCCCUGCCCGGCGAACACAAGCUGACGACCAUCCACGCGGCCAUGUCGCUGACUCUGCGGUACGGGGCAGACGGUGCUGACAAGAUUGGGGUACCGUUCAUGCUGAAGGCCCUCGAGAUUGCCCAGGAGAUGGAGCUUUUCACCCGGGUCGAGACGGGCGACACCAAGAUGAGUCUGGCCCGGGCGUUUACGGCGUGGAGUAUUUACAGUUACCACGGGAUGACAUACUACUACAUGCAAAAAGCCCCCAUUCUAUCCGCACCACCCGCCACGCCCCUUCCCGACUAUUCUUCCAUCACCAAGCUCACCGGAGAGGUCUACGUCAAGUACCCCCUGCAGCCGUACCUAACCCCGAUUCUACUCGGACUCUCUUUCCGGGCCCAAAUAGGCCUCAAUCUAGUCAUGAUGGAGAUCACCCAAACAGCAAUCGAUGCUGGAGCGCCGGGCACAUCCCCGCCUACACUAUCCCAGGCUCUCGAGUUCUACCACAAGGUCGAGCACUGGCAUAGGACCCUUCCGGCGGAACUCAGCCCGGGGCGUGUGGUGAUGCCGCACCAUUUGCAGAUUCACAUGGAAUACUGCCUCGUCCUCAUCAACCUCUUCGAGCCGUGGAUGGCCGGUCCCGAAGCCGACCACGUCGUAGACACCGAAACCAAUACGACCGUCCGCGACAUCGGCACACGUUCCCGUGCCCGUCUGGAGACGCUCAUCCGGCUGUAUUACCUGAGGCACAGCUUUGACGCGUUGGAUGUGAUGCUCAUCAUGUUUCUUUUGCUGCUCGGGUCGAUUACCGCGCGUGUACUCGUUGCGCCGCCGGCUGAGGACGAGACCGAGGUCUCCCCUAGCCCUGACCCAACAUCAACAUCAUCAUCGACAACAGCAUCUCCGUUAACAACACCAGACACGACCCAUCCACCCCCCCACGUCCGAGACGCCUCCACCUUCCUCCUCUGCGCCAAAGGUCUCCACGACCAAGGCCAAAACCAAUACCUCGGCUCGCUCAUGUUCAACAUGCUCUCCGGCCUGGUCGAUACUUCGGCUUCCCACUCCCAGUCUCGCUCCCAUCCUGACCCGCAUACCCCUUCCCAGACAGAACCCAACAACCCACAGCCCACCAGGGGUAAUGUUACAACCCAGAAGCAGCCAAAAAAGAAGGAAACAUCCCUCCAAAACCUAGCCACAGACCUCGCACGCAUCCGUGCCGAGUUCCGCGGCACAGAGGUCAAGCCCGAAUACGUACACAUGGAGUGGCCUGUGUACCGGUGGAUUGAUCCUGCGGGGAGGAGUCUGGAGAGGGUUCUGGAGGGGGUGCAGGAGUUGGAGAUUGGUGAUGUUCGCCAUGGUGGUGGUACUAGAACGGGAGGUGGGGAGUGGGGGGGAGGAGCGGGGAAUGAAUAUGGAGGGGAGGGCGUUGGGAGUGGGUUGCCGGAUGUUUAG